AUGGCCCCCAAAAGCAAAGACUCACCCAUUCUAAUCGUCGGCGCCGGCGUCUUCGGCCUCAGCACGGCCCUCGACCUCCGCCAGCGCGGGUACUGCAACAUCACGGUCUUGGACCGCAUGACCCCACCCGUGCCCGACGGCAGCAGCAACGACAUCUCCCGCAUCGUCCGCAGCGAUUACUCCGACCCGUUCUACGCCGCCAUGGCGAAGGAAGCGCAGCAGCAGUGGCGCGAUGGCCCCUUCAAGCCGUACUACCACAACUCCGGCUUCGUGCUGACCUCUGAGGCGCAGGACGACCCGUUUCUGGAGAAGCUGAUGGGCGUGCAUGCUGGGCAGGGGCAGCGGUUUGAGACGUUUGCUGGCUCAGCGGAGUUGCGGAGCAUGUUUCCGGCCCUGGGCGGCAUCAAAGACGAUCUGUCUGGCUAUCUGAAUCCAAAUGCUGGGUGGGCUGAUGCCGCGGGCGCCAUUGGCGCACUGGCGAGCAGGUGUACCGAGCGCGGGGUGUCGCUCGUCACCGGCCCACGAGGCACAGUACAGUCACUGACAGUGCGCGACUCGCGCAUCGAGGGCGUCAAUGUAGCGACCGGGGAAUCCCUACAUGGAUCCCACGUGAUCCUCGCCACGGGCGCCUGGACGAACCGAUUCCUCGACCUCACGUACGCCAUGUCCUCGUCCGCCCACGCCGUCGGCUUCAUCCAACUCACGGCCGAGGAAGCGCGGCGCGUUGCCGACAUGCCCGUCCUGAUCAACAUGACGACCGGCUUCUUCGUCUUCCCGCCCACUCCUGGCACCCAUAUCCUCAAAGUCGCGCGCCACGGCCACGGCUUCGAGACCGAGGUUCGCGUAGAAGGGAAUGAACGCACCAUAUCUGCUCCCCAACGGGACGCUAACAAUGCGGCCUCCACGUUCAUUCCGGAGUCGGCGGACGAGCAUUUCCGGCAGGGCUUGAGGCAGAUUUUGCCCGAGUUUGCGGAUCGGCCGUGGAUGAGGCGGAGGCUGUGUUGGUAUACGGACACGCCGGAGGGGAAUUUCGUCGUGGACGAUCAUCCAAUGAUCCAGUCGCUUUUUAUUGCUGCGGGUGGUGCAGGACACGGCUUCAAGUUCCUUCCGGUGCUCGGCCGCUACAUUGCGGACUGUUUCGAAGGGAAAGCCACGGCCGAGGUGCGCGAGAAGUGGAGGCUGAGAAGUGAUCCCGGCGCCAGAGAGCCGCUGGUCUGUAAUGAUGGGAGCCGGCGUGGGCCGCAGAAGAGGCGGCUGGAGAGCUGGGAGCAGGCGAAGCUGUGA